ACGCCUUGAAACCCUAUCUCUAUGGCAGAAAGAAACAUUGUGCCUGAGGAGGAGUUAGGGCUGCGACGUCACUUCCGCCUUCAACCCGGAAGUGCCCCGUUUCUCGGACUCGGAGGCUCCAAACGCUGCUGGGCGCCUGAGGGAAGGGAGAAAGCGAGGCAGAGGCGGCGAACGGGUCCAAAAUGGCGGCCUCCGGAGGAACCAGCGGCGGCGGUUCUUCCUCCCCUCCAGCCGCCUCGGCUUCACCGGAGCGGGAUCCUUUAUGGGAGGUGGCUGUGCGCCCGCUGCUGUCCGCCUCGUACUCGGCCUUCGAGAUGCGGGAGCUGCCUCAGCUGCUGGCCUCCGUCAUCGAGAGUGAAUCCGAAAUCCUACACCACGACAAGCAAUAUGAACCUUUCUACUCGUCUUUUGUGGCGCUGGCGACGCACUACAUCACAACCGUGUGUGGACUGGUGCCUAGGAACCAGCUGCAAUCCGUGGCAGCCGCCUGCAAAGUCCUGAUUGAAUUCUCCCUCCUGCGCUUGGAGAACCCAGACGAAGCGUGCGCCGUUUCGCAGAAGCACCUGAUUCUGCUGAUCAAGGGCCUCUGCACCGGCUGCAGCCGUCUGGACAGAACCGAAAUCAUUACCUUCACGGCGAUGAUGAAGUCGGCCAAGCUGCCCCAAACAGUGAAGACUCUCUCUGAUGUGGAGGACCAGAAAGAACUGGCUUCUCCCGUCAGCCCCGAACUGCGACAGAAGGAAGUGCAGAUGAACUUCCUCAACCAGCUGACGUCCGUCUUCAACCCUCGAGUGGCAGCAUCCUCCAUGGUGCCACAGACCCAGGGGGAAGGCGAAAGCGACGAUCAGACGUCCACAGACCAGGCCUCUGCAGCCAAGACCAAGAGCAUAUUCAUUGCUCAGAAUGUAGCCAGCUUGCAGGAACUUGGUGGCUCUGAGAAGCUGCUGCGGGUCUGUCUGAAUCUCCCCUAUUUCCUGCGCUACAUCAACCGCUUCCAGGAUGCCGUGUCUGCCAAUUCCUUUUUCAUCAUGCCGGCCACGGUCGCCGAUGCCACUGCUGUCCGUAACGGGUUCCAUUCCCUCGUCAUUGAUGUGACCAUGGCCCUGGACACUCUCUCCUUGCCUGUCUUGGAGCCUCUCACCCCCACAAGGCUACAGGAUGUCACGGUUCUGGCCCUCAGCUGCCUCUAUGCAGGGGUGAGCGUGGCAACUUGCAUGGCUAUCCUGCAUGUGGGCACCACCCAGCAAGUCCGCACUGGGUCCACGAGCUCAAAAGAAGAAGACUAUGAGAAUGAUGCAGCCACCAUUGUCCAGAAAUGUCUUGAAAUCUAUGAUAUGAUCGGCCAGGCCAUUAGCAACUCCCGCCGUGCGGGUGGGGAGCACUACCAGAACUUCCAGCUGCUGGGGGCCUGGUGUCUGCUGAACAGCUUGUUCCUCAUCCUGAACCUGAGCCCCACAGCCCUGGCAGAUAAAGGGAAGGAGAAAGACCCCCUGGCUGCACUCCGGGUCCGGGAUAUCAUCGCUCGGUCGAAAGAGGGAGUGGGAUCUCCUAAGCUGGGGCCUGGGAAGGGGCAUCAGGGCUUUGGGGUAUUAUCGGUGGUACUGGCAAACCAUGCCAUAAAGCUUCUCACCUCACUCUUUCAAGACCUUCAAGUAGAAGCACUUCACAAGGGAUGGGAGACUGAUGGCCCCCCAGCUGUGCUGAAUAUCAUGGCCCAGAGCACCUCCAUCCAGCGGAUCCAGCGCCUGAUUGAGUCCGUGCCUCUCACAAACCUGCUGCUCACAUUGUUGUCCACUUCUUACCGCAAGGCUUGCGUCCUGCAGCGUCAGCGGAAGGGUUCGGUGAGCAGUGAUGUGAGCGCCUCCACAGAUUCAAACACUUACUAUGAAGAUGAUUUCAGCAGCACCGAAGACAGCAGCCAGGAUGACGACAGCGAGCCCAUCCUGGGCCAGUGGUUUGAGGAGACCAUCUCUCCCAGCAAAGAGAAGGUGGCACCUCCGCCGCCUCCACCGCCUCCUCCCUUGGAAAGCUCACCCAGAGUCAAAAGCCCCAACAAGCAGGCGGCAGGGGAAAAUGGGAACAUCCUGGCCAGUCGCAAAGACCCCGAAUUGUUCUUAAACCUGGCUUCCAAUAUCCUGAACUUUGUGACUUCCUCCAUGUUGGACUCGAGGAAUAACUUCAUCCGCAACUAUUUGAGCGUCUCCUUGUCGGAGCAGCACAUGGCCACACUGGCCAGCAUCAUCAAAGAAGUGGACAAGGAUGGACUCAAAGGAACGGCAGAGGAGGAGGAAUUUGCAGCUGCCUUGUAUCACUUCAACCACUCUUUAGUGACGUCUGACCUCCAGUCUCCUACCUUACAGAACACUCUCCUGCAGCAGCUGGGAGUGGCUCCUUUCUCGGAAGGACCCUGGCCUCUCUACAUCCAUCCCCAGAGCCUCUCCGUUCUCUCUCGGCUUCUCCUCAUCUGGCAGCAUAAAGCCAGCACCCAGGGGGACCCUGAUGUGCCUGAAUGCCUUAAAGUUUGGGAAAGGUUCGUGGGGACCCUGAAGCAAAGUGCCCUGCAGGGGACUUUGCCUGGUGACGCCGAGGACUUGAAUGUGGAGCACCUGCAGUUGCUUCUGCUGAUCUUCCACAGCUUUUCAGACAAAGGCCGGCGCUCUAUUCUGACUCUCUGCAUCCAGACCAUCCUGGAGCUCACAGCUAACCUGGACUCCCAGCUCCGCUGUGUCCCUCUCCUCCUCGCCCGCCUUCUCUUGGUCUUUGACUAUUUGCUUCACCAGUAUUCGAAGGCCCCUGUGUAUUUGUUUGAACAGGUGCAGUACAACCUCCUAACUCCACCGAUUGUUUGGUCAAGUGGAUCCCAAGAUGGUGGCCGGCGAACUGCAUCCCCACUCUACCACGGUUUCAAGGAAGUGGAAGAAAACUGGACCAAACACAGCUCCUCAGAUGCAGCCCACCAGCCCAGGUUCUACUGCAUUCUGUCACCUGAAGCAUCAGAAGAUGACCUGAACCGCCUGGAUAACACGGUGUGUGAGGUCUUGUUCUCCAAAUCUGCCAAAUACGAUGACCUGUACUCGGCCCUCACUUCCCUGCUGGCUGCCGGCUCCCAGUUUGACACUCUCCGCAGGAAGGAGAACAAAAACGUUACUGCGUUGGAGGCCUGUGCCCUUCAGUACUAUUUCUUGAUCCUCUGGAGGAUCCUGGGCAUUUUGCCACCCUCCAAGAAGUACAUGAACCAGCUGGCCAUGAACAGCCCCGAGAUGAGCGAGUGUGACAUCCUGCACACUUUGCGAUGGUCUUCCCGCCUGCGCAUCCCCUCUUAUGUCACCUGGAUUAAGGAUCACCUCACCAAACAGGGCAUGAAGUCGGAGCACGCCGCAUCACUUGUCGAGCUGACCUCCGCCAAAUGCAGCUCCGUGAAAUACGAUGUGGAGAUUGCAGAGGAGUACUUUGCUAGGCAGAUCUCCUCUUUCUGCGGCAUUGACUGCACCACCAUCUUGCAGCUCCAUGAGGUCCCCAGCUUGCAGUCCAUCUACACCUUGGAUGCCGCCAUUUCCAAAGUCCAAGUCUCCCUGGACGAACACUUCUCCAAACUUGCCGCAGAGACUGACCCACAUAAAUCAUCUGAGAUCACCAAGAACUUGCUGCCGGCCACCUUGCAGUUGAUUGACACCUAUGCCACCUUCACCAGGUCUUACUUGCUGCAGAGCCUCUCGGAGGAAGGCUCCGCGGAGAACAAGCCGACGGAAGGGAAGUUACACGGCUUCGCCGCAGUCCUGGCCAUUGGUUCUGGCCGAUGCAAAGCCAACACUCUGGGGCCAGCUCUUGUCCAGAACUUGCCUUCAGUUGUGCAGGCUUUGUGUGAGUCGUGGAAUAACAUCCAUACCAACGAAUUCCCAAACAUCGGCUCCUGGCGCAACGCUUUUGCGAACGACACAAUCCCGGCGGAGAGCUACAUUGGCGCAGUGCAGGCUGCCCACCUUGGCACUCUCUGCAGCCAGAGCCUUCCUCUGGCUGCCUCCCUGAAGCGCACCCUCCUCUCCUUGGUCCGGCUCACCGGGGACCUCAUUGUCUGGUCGGACGAACUCAACCCGCCGCAAGUGAUCCGCACGCUGCUGCCUCUGCUCUUGGAGAGCAGCACGGAAAGCGUUGCAGAGAACAGCAGCAACUCCCUGGAGAGGAUCCUGGGCCCGGCAGAAUCGGACGAGUUUCUGUCCCGCGUCUAUGAGAAACUGAUCAUGGGCUGUUACAACAUCCUGGCCAAUCACUCUGACCCAAACAGUGGUCUUGACGAAUCUAUCUUGGAGGAAUGCCUGCAGCAUUUGGAGAAACAGCUGGAAAGCCCUCAAGCCCGGAAGUCCAUGGAAGAGUUUUUCUCUGAGAGCGGGGAACUGGUCCAAAUCAUGAUGGCCACAGCCAACGAAAAUCUCUCCGCGAAGUUCUGCAACCGAGUUCUGAAGUUUUUCACCAAGCUCUUCCAGCUGACGGAGAAGAGCCCUAACCCCAGCCUCUUACGCCUGUGUGGCUCCCUGGCGCAGCUGGCAUGUGUGGAGCCUGUGCGCCUUCAGGCCUGGCUGACCCGGAUGACCACCUCGCCCCCGAAGGAGUCCGACCAGUUGGAAGUGGUCCAGGAGAACCGGCAGCUGCUGCAGCUGCUGACCACGUACAUCGUCCGGGAGAACAGUCAAGUUGGUGAAGGCGCUUGCACCGUCCUUCUGAGCACUCUGAUCCCGAUGGCCACGGAAAUGUUAGCGAACGGCGAUGGAACUGGCUUCCCGGAGCUCAUGGUCGUCAUGGCCACCUUGGCCAGCGCUGGGCAAGGAGCAGGGCACCUCCAGCUUCACAGUGCCGCCGUGGAUUGGUUGGGGAGAUGCAAGAAGUACCUGUCUCAGAAGAACGUUAUUGAGAAAAUGAAUGCCAAUGUCAUGCAUGGGAAGCAUGUGACUAUCCUGGAAUGCACAUGCCACAUUGUCUCCUAUCUUGCUGAUGUCACCAAUGCGCUGAGCCAGACCAGCGGCCAGGGCACCAACCACCUCUCGGUUGACGGAGAGGAGCGGGCCAUCGAAGUGGACUCCGACUGGGUGGAAGAGCUGGCUGUGGAGGAAGAGGAUUCACAAGCAGAAGAUUCAGAUGAGGACUCGCUCUGCAACAAACUCUGCACCUUUACUAUCACCCAGAAGGAAUUCAUGAACCAACACUGGUAUCACUGCCACACCUGCAAGAUGGUGGAUGGUGUGGGCGUUUGCACCGUCUGUGCGAAAGUGUGCCACAAAGACCACGAGAUCUCGUACGCCAAAUACGGCUCAUUCUUUUGCGACUGUGGAGCAAAGGAGGAUGGCAGUUGCCUGGCCUUGGUGAAGAGAACGCCCAGCAGUGGUCUGGGCUCCACCAUGAAGGAGUCGGCCUUCCAGAGCGAACCUCGGGUGUCCGAGAACGUCAUCCGACACUCCAGCACCUCCCCAACAGACAAGUCCAAGGUCUCGAUCAGUGAUGGGCGAGGGCCUGAUGAGGAGAAGCCCAAGAAGAGCAGCUUGUGUCGAAACAUCGAAGGCUGUCGGGAGCAGCUGCAGUCCCAGGCCAACUUCUCCUUUGCUCCCCUCGUCUUGGAUAUGUUGAACUUCCUCAUGGAAGCCAUUCAGAUCAACUUCCAGCAGGCCUCAGCCAUGGGCAGCAGCACCCGGGCCCAGCAGGCGCUCAAUGAGUUGCACACCUUGGACAAGACGGUGGAGAUGACAGAUCAGUUGAUGGUACCAACUUUGGGCUCCCAAGAAGGCGCCUUUGAGAACGUCCGCAUGAACUACAGUGGGGACCAGGGCCAAACCAUCCGGCAGCUGAUCAGCGCCCACGUCCUGCGACGAGUGGCCAUGUGCGUGCUCUCCUCGCCUCACGGCCGCCGCCAACAUCUGGCCGUCAGCCAUGAGAAGGGCAAGAUCACAGUCUUGCAGCUCUCUGCUUUGCUCAAGCAAGCCGACUCAAGCAAACGGAAGCUGACUCUCACCCGCCUCGCCUCUGCCCCAGUUCCUUUCACUGUGCUGAGCCUUACAGGCAACCCUUGCAAAGAAGACUACUUGGCCGUGUGUGGGCUGAAGGACUGUCAUGUUCUGACCUUCAGCAGUUCUGGAUCUGUCUCAGAUCACCUGGUUCUCCAUCCCCAGCUUGCCACGGGCAACUUCAUCAUCAAAGCUGUGUGGCUCCCGGGGUCACAGACGGAGCUGGCAAUUGUCACUGCAGACUUUGUGAAGAUCUAUGACCUCUCGGUGGAUGCUUUGAGCCCCACUUUCUACUUCCUGCUGCCGAGCUCCAAGAUCAGGGACAUCACCUUUCUGUUCAACGAAGAGGGCAAGAACAUUGUGGUCAUCAUGUCUUCCGCCGGCUACAUUUACACGCAGCUCAUGGAGGAAGCCAGCAGCGCCCAGCAUGGCCCUUUCUACGUCACAAACGUCUUAGAAAUUGCUCACGAAGACCUUAAGGACAGCAAUGGCCAGGUGGCCGGGGGUGGUGUGUCCGUCUAUUACUCCCACGUCUUGCAGAUGCUUUUCUUCAGCUACUGCCAAGGCAAGUCCUUUGCAGCCACCAUCAGCCGAGCCACAUUGGAAGUCAUGCGCCUUUUCCCCAUCAACAUCAAGAGCUCCAAUGGAGGUAGCAAGACUUCGCCGGCGCUUUGCCAAUGGUCAGAAGUCAUGAACCACCCUGGCUUGGUGUGCUGCGUGCAACAAACAACAGGCAUUCCUUUGGUGGUGAUGGUGAAGCCGGACACUUUCCUGAUCCAAGAAAUUAAAACCCUGCCGGCUAAAGCGAAGAUCCAGGACAUGGUGGCCAUCCGCCACACGGCCUGCAACGAGCAGCAGCGCACCACCAUGAUCUUGCUGUGUGAAGACGGCAGCCUGCGGAUCUACAUGGCCAACGUGGAGAACACCUCCUACUGGCUCCAGCCCUCCCUCCAGCCCAGCAGCGUCAUCAGCAUCAUGAAGCCUGUCCGCAAGCGCAAAGCGGCGGCCAUCAGUAAGUCGACGCAAGCCACCCGCACCUCGACCCAAGUGAACUUUCCCAUUGACUUCUUUGAGCACAACCAGCAGCUGACCGACGUGGAGUUUGGUGGCAAUGACCUCCUGCAGGUCUACAACGCCCAGCAGAUCAAGCAUCGGCUCAACUCCACCGGCAUGUAUGUGGCCAACACCAAGCCUGGUGGCUUCACCAUCGACGUGACCAACAACAACAGCACCAUGGUGAUGACUGGCAUGCGGGUCCAGAUUGGCACUCAAGCCAUCGAACGGGCCCCUUCCUACCUGGAGAUCUUUGGCCGCACCAUGCAGCUCAACCUGAGCCGCCCGCGCUGGUUCGAUUUCCCCUUCACCCGAGAGGAAGCGCUGCAGGCUGACAAGAAGCUGACCAUCUUUGUGGGCGCCUCUGUGGAUCCCGCAGGAGUCACAAUGCUGGAUGCUGUCAAGAUCUACGGCAAGACGAAGGAGCAGUUUGGAUGGCCGGAUGAGCCCCCGGAGGAUUUCCCAUCCGCCUCGGUGAGCAACGUCUGCCCACCCAACCUGAACCAGGGGAACGGGACUGGAGACACCGAAUCGGCCGCCCCGGCAGUCGCUAGCGGCACCGUUCUUGAGAGUUCUGAAACUGAGUCCUUAACCACCUUGGACCGGCUAGUCGUGAGUUCUUUAGAAGCGCUGGAAAGCUGCUUUGCCGUCGGACCAGUCAACGAGAAGGAGAAGAGCAAGGCAGCUGCUCAGGAGUUGGCAACCAUGCUUCUGUCGACACCGGCCCCCUCGAGUGUCCAGCAACAGACCAAGAGCCUCCUGGCAAGCCUCCACACCAGCCGCUCAGCUUACCACAACCACAAGGACCAGGCCUUGCUGAGCAAAGCCAUCCAGUACCUUUCAACCUCAAGCAAAGAAGGGAAGGAUCUUGACCCGGAGGUGUUUCAAAGGCUGGUCAUCACAGCCCGCUCCAUUGCCAUCAUGAGGCCAAAUAAUUUGGUCCAUUUCACAGAGUCCAAACUGCCACAGUUGGAAGGAGAAGGCAGUGAAGAAGGACAGGAGGCCUCGAAGAGCGUGGAAGGGGAAGGGUGCAGUUUUAUCACUCAGUUGGUCAACCAUUUCUGGAAACUGCAUGCGUCGAAACCCAAGAAUGCUUUCCUGGCACCCGCUUGCUUGCCAGGCCUGACCCACAUUGAAGCCACUGUCAACGCUCUAGUGGACAUCAUCCACGGAUAUUGCACCUGCGAACUGGAUUGCAUCAACACAGCCUCCAAAAUUUACAUGCAGAUGCUGCUUUGCCCGGAUCCUGCAGUCAGCUUCUCCUGCAAACAAGCUUUAAUUCGGGUGUUGAGGCCCAGGAACAAACGGAGACACGUGACGCUGCCUUCUUCUCCUCGGAGUAACACCCCGAUGGGAGAUAAAGAUGAUUAUGAUGACGACGAUGCCGACGACAAAAUGCAGAGCUCUGGGAUACCAAACGGAGAAGACAUCCGUCAGGAAAGCCAGGAACAAAGCGAGGUGGACCACGGGGAUUUUGAGAUGGUGUCGGAAUCGAUGGUGCUGGAAACAGCCGAGAAUGUGAACAACGGGAACCCCUCUCCUCUGGAAGCUCUCCUGGCGGGGGCUGAGGGCUUUCCCCCGAUGCUGGAUAUCCCCCCGGAUGCGGAUGAUGAAACCAUGGUGGAGCUGGCCAUCGCCCUCAGCUUGCAGCAAGAUCAGCAAGGGAGCAGCAGCAGUGCGCUUGGCCUGCAGAGCCUAGGACUGUCCGGUCAAGCCCCCAGCUCUUCGUCCCUCGAUGCCGGGACUCUGUCGGACACCACAGCAUCAGCUCCAGCAUCUGAUGACGAAGGCAGCACAGCAGCAACGGACGGCUCCACGCUUCGGACCUCUCCAGCCGACCACGGCGGCAGCGUGGGCUCUGAGAGUGGCGGCAGCGCAGUGGAUUCGGUCGCUGGCGAGCACAGUGUGUCCGGCCGCAGCAGUGCCUACGGCGACACGACGGCUGAGGGCCAUCCGGCUGGGCCAGGGAGCGUCAGUUCCAGCACGGGUGCCAUCAGCACCACAACUGGGCAACAGGAGGGCGAAGGGUCCGAAGGCGAGGGCGAAGCGGAAGCAGAAGGAGACGUCCAUGCCAGCAACAGGCUGCACAUGGUCCGUUUGAUGCUGCUGGAGCGGCUGCUUCAGACUCUCCCUCAGCUGAGGAACGUUGGAGGGGUCCGUGCCAUUCCUUACAUGCAGGUGAUUCUGAUGCUUACGACAGACCUAGAUGGCGAUGACGAAAAGGACAAGGGUGCCCUUGAUAACCUUCUUGCCCAGCUCAUUGCAGAACUGUGCAUGGAUAAGAAGGACGUGUCCAAGAAGAAUGAACGCUCUGCCCUGAACGAGGUCCACUUGGUGAUCAUGCGGCUGCUGAGCGUCUUCAUGUCCCGGACCAAAUCAGGAUCCAAAUCGUCCAUUUGUGAGUCCUCCUCCCUGAUCUCCAGUGCCACCGCGGCCGCUCUGCUCAGCUCUGGCGCAGUGGACUACUGCCUGCAUGUGCUGAAAUCCCUGCUGGAGUAUUGGAAGAGCCAGCAGAACGACGAGGAGCCCGUCACUAGCAGCCAGCUGCUGAAGCCGCACACCACCUCUUCCCCUCCGGACAUGAGCCCCUUCUUCUUGCGCCAGUAUGUCAAGGGCCAUGCCGCUGACGUCUUCGAAGCUUACACUCAGCUCCUGACGGAGAUGGUGCUCCGUUUGCCCUACCAGAUCAAGAAAAUCGCCGACACCAACUCCCGCAUCCCGCCGCCUGUCUUUGACCAUUCCUGGUUCUACUUCCUUUCAGAGUACCUGAUGAUUCAGCAGACCCCCUUCGUCCGCCGCCAAGUCCGCAAACUGCUGCUGUUCAUCUGCGGCUCGAAGGAGAAGUACCGCCAGCUGCGGGACCUGCACACGCUGGAUUCUCACGUCCGUGGGAUUAAGAAGCUCCUGGAAGAACAAGGGAUUUUCCUGAGGGCCAGCGUGGUCACGGCCAGCUCCGGAUCCGCCCUGCAGUAUGACACUCUCAUCAAUUUGAUGGAGCACUUGAAGGCUUGUGCGGAAAUUGCCACGCAGCGGACAGUGAACUGGCAGAAGUUCUGCAUCAAAGACGAUUCUGUCCUCUACUUCCUCUUGCAAGUCAGCUUCUUGGUGGAUGAGGGAGUCUCACCCGUCCUCCUACAGCUUCUCUCUUGCGCCCUUUGCGGCAGCAAAGUCCUCUCAGCAGCCGCUUCUUCUGGGUCGUCUGGCACAUCCACCUCGGCGCCUGCUGGCUCUGGGAGUGGACAACCAGCUGGACAGAGCAAAUCUUCCACCAAGAAGAGCAAGAAGGAAGAGAAGGAAAAAGACCGAGAGGGAGAGGGUUCCUCUGGCAGCCAAGAGGACCAGUUGUGCACAGCGCUGGUGAGCCAGCUGAACAAAUUCGCCGACAAAGAGACCCUGAUCCAGUUCCUGCGCUGCUUCCUGCUGGAGUCUAACUCCUCGUCGGUCCGGUGGCAGGCCCACUGCCUGGCCCUCCACAUCUAUAGGAACUCAAACAAAUCCCAGCAAGAGCUGCUGCUGGACCUCAUGUGGUCAAUCUGGCCAGAGCUCCCGGCUUACGGGCGGAAGGCAGCUCAGUUUGUGGACCUCCUGGGUUACUUCUCUCUGAAAACACAACAGACGGAGAAGAAGCUGAAGGAAUACUCCCAGAAAGCUGUUGAGAUCCUUCGGAUGCAGAACCACAUCCUCACCAACCAUCCCAACUCCAAUAUUUAUAACACACUCUCUGGCCUGGUGGAGUUCGACGGCUACUAUUUGGAAAGUGACCCGUGUCUUGUCUGCAACAACCCCGAAGUGCCGUUCUGUUACAUCAAGCUCUCCUCCAUCAAAGUGGACACCAGGUAUACCACCACCCAGCAGGUGGUCAAGCUCAUUGGCAGCCACACCAUCAGCAAAGUGACCGUCAAGAUUGGGGAUCUGAAGCGCACCAAGAUGGUCCGGACCAUCAACCUCUAUUACAACAACAGGACCGUGCAGGCCAUCGUGGAGCUGAAGAACAAACCGGCCCGGUGGCACAAAGCCAAGAAAGUCCAGCUCACCCCAGGGCAGACGGAGGUGAAGAUCGACCUGCCGCUGCCUAUUGUGGCUUCCAACCUGAUGAUUGAGUUUGCCGACUUCUAUGAGAACUACCAGGCCUCCACAGAGACCUUGCAGUGCCCACGCUGCAGCGCUUCCGUCCCGGCCAACCCCGGCGUGUGCGGGAACUGCGGAGAGAAUGUUUACCAGUGCCACAAGUGCAGGUCUAUCAAUUAUGAUGAGAAGGACCCUUUCCUUUGCAACGCCUGUGGCUUCUGCAAAUAUGCGCGCUUUGACUUCAUGCUCUACGCCAAGCCUUGCUGCGCGGUGGACCCCAUCGAGAAUGAAGAGGACAGGAAAAAGGCGGUAACCAACAUCAACACUCUCCUGGACAAGGCUGACCGGGUUUACCACCAGCUCAUGGGUCACAGGCCUCAGCUGGAAAACCUUCUCUGCAAAGUAAAUGAAGCAGCACCCGAAAAGCCACAGGACGACUCUGGGACCAGCGGAGGAAUCAGCUCAGCCUCGGCCAGCGUGAAUCGAUACAUCCUGCAGCUGGCGCAGGAGUAUUGCGGCGACUGCAAGAAUUCGUUCGAUGAGCUCUCCAAGAUUAUCCAGAAAGUCUUUGCCUCUCGGAAGGAGUUGCUAGAAUACGACCUCCAGCAGAGAGAAGCGGCCAGCAAGUCUUCGCGCUCGGCUGUCCAGCCCACCUUCACCGCCAGCCAGUACCGUGCCCUAUCCGUCCUGGGCUGUGGCCACACCUCGUCCACCAAGUGCUACGGCUGUGCCUCGGCUGUCACCGAGCACUGCAUCACCCUCCUCCGCGCCCUGGCCACCAACCCAGCCAUUCGCCACAUCCUGGUCUCCCAGGGCCUCAUCCGAGAGCUGUUUGACUACAACCUGCGCCGAGGCGCUGCCACCAUGCGCGAGGAAGUCCGGCAGCUCAUGUGCCUUCUCACCAGAGACAACCCGGAAGCCACCCAGCAGAUGAAUGACCUUAUCAUCAGCAAGGUGUCUGCCGCUCUGAAGGGACACUGGGCCAAUCCAGACCUGGCCAGCAGCCUUCAAUAUGAGAUGCUGCUGCUGACUGACUCCAUCUCCAAGGAAGACAGUUGCUGGGAGCUGCGCCUGCGCUGUGCGCUCAGUCUUUUCCUGAUGGCCGUGAACAUCAAGACGCCGGUGGUGGUGGAGAACAUUACGCUCAUGUGCCUGCGUAUUCUGCAGAAGCUCAUCAAGCCUCCGGCACCAACCAGCAAAAAGAACAAGGAUGUCCCAGUUGAUACUCUGACCACUGUCAAGCCAUACAGCAAUGAGAUCCAUGCGCAGGCCCAGCUGUGGCUCAAGAGGGACCCCAAGGCUUCAUAUGAGGCUUGGAAGAAAUGUCUCCCUGCCAGAGGUAUUGAGGCCAAUGGGAAAUCGCCCAGCAAGGCAGAGCUCCGCCAUCUUUACUUGAUGGAGAAAUACACCUGGAAGUGGAAGCAGUUCAUGAGCCGGCGUGGGAAGCGGACUUGCCCACUGGACCUCAAGCUGGGCCACAACAAUUGGCUGCGGCAGGUCUUGUUCACUCCUGCGACUCAGGCGGCCCGCCAGGCGGCCUGCACCAUUGUGGAAGCCCUAGCCACCCUCCCCAGCCGAAAGCAGCAAGUCCUUGAUCUCCUGACCAGUUACCUGGAUGAGCUGAGCUUGGCGGGCGAAUGUGCGGCAGAGUACUUGGCUCUCUACCAGAAGCUCAUCAAGUCGGCCCGCUGGAAGGUCUACCUGGCAGCCAGGGGGGUCCUGCCUUACGUCGGGAACCUCAUCACAAAGGAGAUUGCCCGUCUCCUGGCCCUGGAGGAGGCCACGCUCAGCACCGACCUGCAACAGGGGUACGCCUUGAAGAGCAUCACAGGCCUGCUCUCCUCCUUUGUGGAGGUCGAAUCUAUCAAGCGGCACUUCAAGAGCCGCCUGGUGGGGACUGUGCUGAACGGCUAUCUCUGCCUCCGGAAGCUGGUGGUCCAACGGACAAAGCUGAUCGACGAGACCCAAGACAUGCUGCUUGAGAUGCUGGAAGACAUGACGACAGGUACGGAAUCAGAGACAAAGGCCUUUAUGGCCGUAUGCAUCGAAACAGCCAAGCGAUACAGCCUCGACGACUACCGAACACCUGUCUUCAUUUUUGAGCGGCUGUGCAGCAUUAUCUAUCCGGAGGAGAACGAAGUGACGGAGUUCUUUGUCACAUUGGAGAAAGACCCCCAGCAGGAAGACUUCCUCCAGGGCCGCAUGCCGGGCAACCCUUACAGCAGCAAUGAGCCAGGGAUCGGGCCCCUGAUGCGAGAUAUCAAGAACAAGAUCUGCCAGGACUGCGACUUGGUGGCGCUGCUGGAGGACGACAGCGGCAUGGAACUCUUGGUGAACAACAAGAUAAUCAGCCUAGACCUCCCGGUGGCUGAAGUCUACAAGAAGGUCUGGUGUCCAACCAAUGAGGGAGAGCCGAUGAGGAUAAUCUACCGCAUGCGAGGGCUGCUGGGAGACGCGACAGAGGAAUUCAUUGAGUCGCUGGACUCCACGACAGCUUCUUUCUUCUCCACAGACGAAGAGGAGGACGAGGAGGAGGUCUACAAAAUGGCGGGUGUCAUGGCCCAAUGCGGAGGGCUGGGCUGCAUGCUGAACCGGCUCUCUGGCAUCAAGGACUUCAAGCAAGGACGGCACCUCCUGACGGUGCUCUUGAAACUCUUCAGUUACUGUGUCAAAGUGAAAGUCAACCGUCAGCAGUUGGUCAAACUGGAGAUGAACACCCUCAACGUCAUGCUGGGGACGCUCAACCUGGCUUUGGUGGCUGAGCAGGAGAGCAAAGACAGUGGCGGGGCAGCUGUGGCUGAGCAGGUCCUCAGCAUCAUGGAGAUCAUCUUGGAUGAGUCCAACGCAGAGCCCCUGAGCGAAGACAAGGGCAACCUCCUCCUGACGGGCGACAAAGACCAGCUGGUGAUGCUCCUGGACCAGAUCAACAGCACCUUCGUCCGCUCCAACCCCAGCGUCCUCCAGGGCCUCCUGCGCAUCAUCCCUUACCUGUCCUUUGGGGAGAUGGAGAAGAUGCAGAUCCUGGUGGACCGCUUCAGGCCCUACUGCUGCUUCGAUAAGUACGAUGAGGAACACAGCGGAGACGACAAGGUCUUCCUGGACUGUUUCUGCAAAAUCGCUGCUGGCAUCAAGAACAACAGCAAUGGCCACCUCUUGAAGGAUCUCAUCCUCCAGAGGGGCAUCACCCAGAAUGCCCUGGACUACAUGAAGAAGCACAUCCCCAGCGCCAAGAAUUUGGAUGCUGACGUGUGGAAGAAGUUCUUAUCUCGGCCAGCCCUCCCGUUCAUCCUCCGGCUGCUCCGAGGCCUGGCCACGCAGCACCCUGCCACCCAGGUGCUGAUCGGGACCGAUUCGAUCACAAACCUGCAUAAGCUGGAGCAAGUCUCCAGCGAUGAAGGGAUCGGGACGCUAGCCGAGAACCUGCUGGAGGCCUUGCGGGAACAUCCGGAAGUGAACAAGAAGAUUGAUGCGGCCCGGAGGGAGACACGGGCAGAGAAGAAGCGCAUGGCCAUGGCCAUGCGGCAGAAGGCCUUGGGCACCCUGGGCAUGACGACGAAUGAGAAGGGGCAAGUGGUGACAAAGACAGCGCUCUUGAAGCAGAUGGAGGAGCUGAUAGAAGAACCAGGCCUGACGUGCUGCAUCUGCAGGGAAGGCUACAAGUUCCAGCCGACGAAAGUCCUGGGCAUUUACACUUUCACCAAGCGGGUGGCCCUGGAGGAGUUUGAGAACAAGCCUCGGAAGCAGCAAGGCUACAGCACCGUCUCACAUUUCAACAUCGUCCACUACGACUGUCACCUGGCAGCCGUCAGGUUGGCCCGCGGUCGUGAGGAGUGGGAGAGCGCAGCCUUGCAGAAUGCCAACACCAAAUGCAACGGCCUCUUGCCGGUAUGGGGACCUCACGUCCCAGAAUCGGCCUUUGCCACCUGCUUAGCAAGGCACAACACGUACCUUCAGGAGUGCACAGGGCAGCGGGAGCCCACCUACCAGCUCAACAUCCAUGACACCAAGCUACUCUUCCUCCGCUUCGCCAUGGAGCAGUCGUUCAGUGUGGACACGGGUGGCGGAGGGCGGGAGAGCAACAUCCACCUCAUCCCCUACAUCAUUCACACAGUGCUUUACGUCCUUAACACAACACGAGCGACCUCCCGAGAAGAGAAGAACCUGCAGAGCUUCCUGGAGCAGCCGAAGGAGAAGUGGGUGGAGAGUGCCUUCGAGGUGGACGGGCCCCAUUACUACACCGUCUUGGCCCUCCACAUCUUGCCGCCAGAGAGGUGGAAGGCCAUCCGCAUCGACAUCCUGAAGCGGCUGCUGGUGAUCUCCCAUGCGCGGGUGGUCUCGCCGGCCGGCGCAAGCAGGCUAACGGAUAAAGUGGUGAAGGAUUACUCGGCCUAUCGCUCCAGUCUCCUCUUCUGGGCCCUCGUUGAUCUCAUCUACAACAUGUUCAAAAAGGUGCCUACGAGUAACACGGAGGGGGGCUGGUCCUACUCUCUGGCCGAAUACAUCCGCCACAAUGACAUGCCCAUCCACGAGGCGGCGGACAAGGCCCUCAAGACCUUCCAGGAGGAAUUCAUGCCCGUUGAGAACUUCUCCGAAUUUCUGGACGUGGCUGGACUGUUAUCCGAAAUCAGCGACCCCGACGGCUUCCUCAAGGACCUGCUCAACUCCAUCCCCUGAGCCUCCUGCCUGGAGUGGCGAUGCAAAGAGGCCCCGAUGAACUUGCCUCCUGUCAUCCUCCUCUGUCUUCUGAACCCCGACCACGAAGGAUUGUUGCCGUUACUUCAUUUUCAGCCUCCAGCUCCAUCUUCCCCUCCACUUUCCCCCCAAUUCUUGGCGUGAAAUGAGUUUGGGCUUGCGUCCCUGUCCCCCCCCACGAUCCCUCCUUGCUUCUCAGCCCCCUGUCCUCUGAGCCACUGAAGGAAUGCCUGCCAGGACUUGAGGUAUCCAAGCCAGUUUCCUUUCCCCUUUCUGUCCCCGGUCUGUUUCACUGCUCCUCUUCCUCUCUUUCCGUGUGGCCAUUUUACCAGUCAAUAAAUAAAUUAAUGAUAAAGAACCUGGUAGCAAUGAA